CAUUCAAAUGAACACACGACCGUGUACCUUAACCCAAGCUACAAGAUUUUCACUUUUUCAAAGCACCAUGUGUGGCAAACUUUCAGUCAGCGUGCUUAUCAUGUGCCUGGCUUUAGCUACGCUCCUGGAAGGGAAAAGCGUCCCUAUGGAGCUCCGCUGUCAGUGCAUCGGAAAGAAGGAAAGUCGGUUCAUCCAUCCAAAACAUAUUGAAAAUGUGGAGCUUUUUCCCAGAGGACCUCACUGCAAAAAUGCCGAAAUCAUCGCUACUCUGAAGACUGGCAAGCGUAUCUGCGUGGAGCCGACUGCCCCCUGGGUCAAAGUUGUGAUCAAGGCCAUGAUGAAAAAGUAACUGUUGCCUGUACGUUGAAUCACAUGGCCCGUUUUUUAAGAAUUGGGAAUGAGCUCUGGAUACUGUAGCGGGCUAUCCUUUUUUUUAAUAAGCUGUAUAGGUGUGUGUAGAGGGAGAGAACUGGUCGGCAGAGCUUGAAGCUUUUAUUGCCUCGAAUAACAGGUUCGUGCAAGGGGGAGGGGGUACACCACCCCGUCUUUUUUAUAGAUGGGGAGGAAUGAGCUUUCUUAGGGGAGAAAGGGAAAAUACCAAGGAAGAGUCCAGGAAAAUCAUCACUGGUGGGCGGAGCGCUGCAAUCCUAUAGCGGUGUAAACAUCUGGAUUUUUUAUACCGGGGAUGUCUGAGACAGUGUUCUACAUUUUCUGAGAUAGUUGAGUUGUUGAAAUGUCUUAUAUUCAAAUUGUGGUUUGUAUAUAUACAUAGUACAUACAAAUUGUAUCACAUAGAAAUGCACACAUUGUAUCUCAUAGAAAUGCUUAAGUUAGGAAAAUAACUGCA